ACUCUACAUCAAUAGGAUGAUGGUGGUUCUGGGCAUCUAGAAUAAGAUUUCCACGUGAUUACGGUGUAAAGAUUUUGACCAACAAUAGUACCAUCAAUAAUUAAUGGUCCUUUAAUGGCCAAGAAAACACUUGUUUUCUCCGAACAUCCCAACCGCAUCACUCAUUCUCCUUUUGGAGUUUCCUGCUGCUGCUACUACAUAGCCGUUAUCAUUUUCGUUUCUCUUUAUAUAUUCUUCCUGCGGCGAAGAACUACUACUCAACACCAUCAUGGCUUGUUCUUCACCGUCUUCUCUGAUUACCCAAGGUCCAGAUAAGUCACCUACGCUGCAACAACGCCUCCAAUUCAUCGUCCAAAGAAGGCCUGAAUGGUGGGUUUAUUCCAUUUUCUGGCAAGCUUCAAGGGAUGCUCGAGGUCACGUUGUUUUAUCAUGGGGUGAUGGGUAUUUCCUGGGGACACGAGACUUCACAGGCAAAUCUUGCAAUAAGUUGAUCCAACAGAGGAAGAGAUCGGGAAAAGAGGUGCAAGUUUUUUCUAACGAAGUGAUGGGCAUGGAUCGAAUGGUAGAUGGCGGUGGCGAUCUCACUGAUUACGAGUGGUUUUAUUCUGUAUCGAUGACUCAAUCCUUUGCUGUUGGAGAUGGCAUUCUCGGGAAAGCUUUUGGCUCAGGCUCCCAUAUUUGGUUGAGUGGAGACCAUGAACUCCAAUCGUACCCAUGUGAGCGAGUUAGAGAAGCUCGAAUGCGAGGGAUUCAGACCUUACUGUGUCUUUCCACACCCCUUGGGGUUGUCGAAUUGGGAUCUUCAGAGAUGAUCGUGGAAGACUGGGGCACGGUGCAACUUAUAAAAUCAAUACUCUGUUCAAAGCAGGCUGGCCACGAAUCCCAAGUCAAGAUUUCAACCCCAGGUAUCCCUUUUGUCGAUUUCGGAAUGGUUUCAACUAGUAACCAAAAGGAACCGAUUCUUCAAGAGAAGGCCAGGAAAGAAACUACAGGUUUAGACCGGCUUUCACCGGACUCCUGUGCUGAUUCAGAUAACAAUUUUGCCUCUGAAGACACGGGGUCUAAUACCAGCCGUUCGAAGAAGAGAGGGCGCAAACUGGGGAGUAGGAAAGAACCCCCUAUAAAGCACGUGGAAGCAGAACGGCAGCGGCGCGAGAGGCUGAACCAUCGGUUCUACGCACUCCGAUCAGUUGUUCCAAACGUAUCAAGGAUGGAUAAAGCAUCUUUGCUUUCGGAUGCAGUAGCCUACAUCAAGGAACUGAGAUCAAGGAUCGACAAAUUAGAGACUGAACUCUUAGUACAAUCCCAAAAACCCAAGCUGAAUCCCAUCAACGUUUUCGAAAACCAAAGCACGAAACCCACAUUCGACAAUACAAUCAAGCAAUCCUCUAGUUUUUGGCCAAAGAAGGUGGAAGUUGAUGUAAAGAUUGUGGGAUCGGAAGCUAUGAUUCGUGUUCAAAGUCCUGAUAUCAACUAUCCAGCCGCAAGAUUGAUGGAUGCUCUUCGAGACCUAGAGCUUCAUGUUCACCAUGUAAGCGUAUCGAGCGUCAAUGAUCUAAUGCUUCAAGAUGUUGUCGUCAAAAUUCCUACCGGAAUAUUUAUAAGCGAGGAAGUGCUUAGAAAUGCUAUCCUUCAAAGAUGCUCGUUGAACUAGCUAGCUAGGUUACCUCUCCGGUCACCGGAAAGAUGAACUUUUUGUUUUUCUUUCUUCUUAUGUUUAGUUGUUCAUGCAAUUAUUUAACCUCUUCGACAUGGUCCACCAUCGUGCAUGCACCAAGCGGUGAAGCAAUUGAUAUAUGUUCUAAGUACUUGAGUACAGUUAAUAAACUAGCUUUUUAUAUGCAUGA